AUGGCCUCAGAGGUGAUGUCCAGGCUUCUCUUCCGGGUCCUGCUGCCGUGUUCCCUGCUCUCAGGGAGCACCAAGCUCUUCCUGCGAGCCGUGCGGAUCACCAGUGUCCUCUUCCUACUGCUGCAGGGUGCCCUACAGGUUGCCUUUGUCUCCCUGGGACCUGAAGGUGCUGUUUGGGAGGAGGCCAUCCAGCAUCUGGGGGUCAUCAGGUUCAGCCGGGUGGAUGUGAUGGACAUUGUGCGCCUCCUGGCCCCGGACAUUGGGAUGGCACUUGUGGGCCUGGUCACCGCCAGGCUGGGCCAUGAGCUGGCGAGGCCUCCUGGGACCACAGCACCUUCCCCUUUCGAUACCAUGGACCACGAGGAGGACGAGACGGCGGGAGAGAGAGACAGCAUGGAGCAUUAUGAGAGCGAUACUGAGGGCGAUGUCCCCUGCUGGUGCUCUGAGCUCAGUGAUGAGAAGGCUACGGAGGCCGAGGGGACAAGCGAGGAGUGGGUCCUGAAAGUUGCUGCCUUCACAUCAGGCUUGAAAGCUGCCUUGGAGCCCUUCUUCCCCGCUGCAUGGAAGGUCCUGGUGACCCUUCUCCUGGGUGCAGCAGGGAUGAUCUCCCCUUCCAUGACCUCGGCUGUGUACUUUGGGGCCUUCCUGGGCCUGGGCUCCUGGUGGGCGUGCGGCCAGGCUCUGAGCACCAUGGCCUUCAGCACCCUGUGUGUCUUCAUGGCCAUCUUCACCGCCGGCCACCUGGGGGGCCUGUACAUUUACCAGCUACCCUUCUUCCAGAACUGCGUGCCUCCCGAUGACAUUUACGCCAGGCUGCUGGGGAUGACCGCCCUCAUCAGGACCAACCACACAGAGUUCUGGAAGCUUCACCUCCAUCCCGGUCUCAGCUGGCCAGAAAUGGUAAACCCCCUGAUCCUGUUGCUGUCCUACUACACAUUGGUUCUCCUGCUGCAACAGCAGGCCCUGCAGUCUGGGCCUUCCAUCCAGGAACCCCCCCGCGAGCGGCCCUCCCUCCUUUGCCAGGUGACGCCCCUCCCAGGUGGGAGCUGGCAGGACCUCCCCCUUCUGCCCUGUCGAUGCCCUUUGCUUACAGGACAUGCUGCCUCCGCCACCCCUACAGAGUCAGGGCUGAGCUGCGCCUCAGUCUUGGGCUAUCUCGCCAUAAGGCAUAGCCAUGUCCCCGCACUGAUCACCAUGAUGGUGUGGAGCAUCUGCUUCACAGGCUGGCCAGGCUGCUUGCUGCUGCUCUGGGCCUGUGUCAUCUGGAUGGCCCGGGAUCCCUGCCGCCUGGCCCUGAGAAGUGCACCCUUCCUGGUCGGCUACGCCAGCGUCCUGAUCGUCCUCAGUUUCGUGGCGGGCCUCCGUGUGUCCCAGGAGGAGCUGUUCCCCGGGGCCCCCGGCUGGCUCCUCGCUGACAUGGACCUGAAACCCUACCUGCAGCCAUGUCUCCACCUGGGUGCCAAGAUGAGCUCUGGGGAUGGGGAUGGGGCCAGGGGAUUUAACAUUUCAGAAAAGACCGCAGCUGAGGGCUGGAGACAUCUCUGUGCAUCUGUGUUCUGGCUGCUGCUGCGGCUGCAGGUCUCCGAGAGCCAGAGGCCAGCAGAGGAGGAGGCCUGGAGGGGGGACCUCGGGGACGUGAGCGGGCCCAGCAGCGUCCUGCUGAGCAUUCCUGCCACCAUCCUCAAGAGUCUCCUAGUCGAGUACUGGCUCUGCCUUGGUGCCGCCCUGCUCUUUGCUGUCAGCUUUGCCGGCAAAGUGGUGGUAUACAGGGUCGUCUACAUCCUCCUCUUCCUGUUCUGGGUGGCCUGGUACCAGAUACACUAUAGUUCCUGGAGAAGGAGCUCCAAGUGCUUCUGGAUGCUCGUGGUCUCUUACUCCAUGGUGGUCCUUUUCGCUGUCUACACUUUCCAGUUUCAAGCUGUUUCUGGAUUUUUCAAUGAAACCCUAGGACUUUCUAAAGAGGGGCUCCGAGACCUGGGCCUGCAGCGGUUCCACGUGGCCACGCUGUUUGCUGAGCUCCUGUUGCCCGCUGCGCUCCUGCUGGCAGGCAUCCUCCACUGUCGUUGUUGUAAUGAGGACCUCAGGAGGACCACUGGCCUGCAUAAUAGCCCCAUUACCUGGGAGGGCUCAUCUGACAGGUACCACUGUCCCCGGGGCAGCCUUUGGAGAUUGUGCGAAUGGCAGGCUCAGCGUCAGGCGCCAGACCCCACGGCAUCACCAGGGACAUCUGGUCAAAGCCUUUCUCUUCCCCCAGAGGAGGAAACGGGUGAUUGGGACUUGGCAGUUGACAAGCCGACUGCUGGCUUUCAGAAGUUUCUAGAAAUGGUGAACGGAACUCAAGCAUUCUUGAGGCGUGUGCUGGAAACACAUAGCAUUAAGCUUCUGGCCCCCGUGGUCGUCUGGCUCACCCUGCAGGAGGCUUCCUUGAUGAACUCCGUGUUUUACAUCUUCUGGGUGUUGUCCCUGCCCUAUUCCACCUUGCGCCCCUUCAUGUCCCGUGUUUCCACGGUCUGGGCGUGUGUGAUAGUGGUCUGCAGAGUGAUGUACCAACUGAAGUGGGUUGUACCCUCUGCCUAUGCUUCAAACUGCACACAGGUGUGGCGAGCAAAUGGAACGCGCCCACCAGCGCUGCUCGCCGGAGGACUGAUGGUCUCACUGCAGCCUGUGGACCCGGCAGAGUGGCUCGGAGCAUUAACGAAGUGUGAUGGCAGAGCCCUACCUUGUCUGAAGAACCAGCUGGCUGUCCUGGCCCUGACGACUCUGGACGUGAUGGUGAGCCAGCGCCAGAGCAUCCACCGACUUCGGGAAGGACUGUCGGGGCCCCUUGCCAGCGCCACCUUGGACACCGUCACCCGGGCGCAUCUGGACCAUGGGCUGAUGAGUGCCUUGCAGUAUUUCAUCCACUUUGGAUUUUACAAGUUUGGGCUUGAGCUGUGUUUCGUAGCCGCCCUCCACACCGUGGGGCAGCGCAUGGAUUUCUACGCCCUCAUCCAUAUCAUCUGGCUGGUUUAUCUGCUGAACCUUCGGCGGAGAAAAGCCAUCGCUGAGGUCUGGCCCAGAUACUGUGGUUUCCUCGUCUGUCUGAUCAUCUUCCAGUAUUUUCUGUGUCUGGGGCUGCCUCCUGCUCUCUGCAAAGAUUACCCGUGGAGAACCACAAGUACAGAAAUACAUUCAAAUCUCAUUAAGUGGUUAUAUCUCCCCGAUUAUGCCAAGAAGCCAGAUGCCAAUCUGUUAUUCUUUGACUUCCUGCUCCUCCUUGCGGCCUCCCUGCAGUGGCAGGUGUUUGUGGAUGAGAACACAGCAUCCAUGAGGCUGCGGGCGGGCGACAAUGUGGAGAUCAGCCGUGAGCUCAGGCCGGCCGACCUUGCCCAACUCAGCCCAGUUCUCAACUUCAUCUUCUGCCGCUCCUAUCUGGACAUGGUCAAGGUGGCUGUUUUUCGCUAUCACUUCUGGUUUGUGCUUUGCCUGGUGUUUCUUGCGGGAACGACACGGAUCCACAUCCUGAGUGCUGGGUACCUGGCGGCCUUUGGAUAUUUCAUGCUGCAAGGGAGCCAUCUCCUCCUGCAGCCGGCAAAGACCAUCCUCCAGCCGUGGGACCGCCUGGUCGCCUACUCGGCGCUGGUGGUUGCUGUGAAGACUUUCCUGUCGGUCGGCGCGUGCGUGUACCUGGAGGCCUUACUCAAAUCACACUGCUGGCUGGUCCACAUUUUUGGCCUAUCCUGCACGGUCCCAGGUUACCAGUUAGCCAUCCCCGAGGACGAAGCCUGUGAACCCCCAGAAAAGGAGGCGGGGAUCCUGUGGGACGCCGUGUGUCUCACCUUCCUGCUCAUCCAGCGACGGAUCUUCCUGAGUUAUUACCACCUUUACGUGGUAGCUGAUCUGGAAGCUGCUCAAGCCUUAGCAUCCAGGGGUGCUGAGCUCUUGGCACUGUCCUUGAGGGAGGCGUUGGAGCACAGUGAGGAAGAUGAGAAAAAAUGCCUAUGGGUCAUCACGAGGCAGAUUGAGAAGAUCAAAGCAAAGCAAAGGAAAGUUGCUGCUUUGCAGCGGGGCAGCAGGAGGCCUGCUUCCCCGGUGGUUAGUGUGAGCUGUUUGCCCCGGGAGGUCGCUGCCACAGGGCCUAGCGCUCCAGAAAAUGAAGAGGAGAAAAAAUGGUGGCAGCCUUGGACGAAGCAUCCUUCCAUGCUCCAGGACGGCAGCUAUACCUUCUUUGAGACUGACAGUGAGGAAGAGGAGCUGAAAGAAGUAAGCGAGGCAGAAAUAACAGAUCGUCAGCCAAAGCCCAGAACAGCUUUCCAGCUCGCCUAUAAAGCCUGGACCGACGGUGCCGCAUGUGCUCUCCGGAUGAGGAUGGAGGAUGAAUGGGGGAUGGGAAACCCCGAGUGUGAUGAAGAGGGGCUCCGGUGGCGCCACAGUGGAGGUACUACUGUCGACAGCAAAGCAGGGUUUUGUGUGUGUGAUUCCUGCUCUCGCCCCACAGGAAGCCUGGCCCGGAGGCUCGUCACUGUGGCCCAGUUGUGCAGGGUCCUGGGACAGGUGUUGUUGGACGAUGUCACCGAAGCCCUGCGUGCACUGGGCGGGGACAGUGCCCGGGUGUCCAGGGCCCUGCGGGGGUUGCGCCAUGGCUGGUGGCGAGCUGUCACUCAGGCAAGCUUGGCACCUCUCGCCAUAUCAGUUGCCUUUAAUUAUUCCUUGCGGACAAGCCUCUCCAUCGCUGACUCAUGGUUUAUGCCUCGCCUUAGCUCCUGCCACCCACCCUCCCUCCUGGCUGCCCCCGGAGGAGGACAGCUAGAGCAGUCGGACAGGUUUUGCCGGAGCCUGCCUCGCCUGGUGAAGCUAACUUUCGCCUUGCACCAGGCUGCCAUGGCCAAGUCUGAGACUCUGUGCUAUCUUGUGAUCAUUCUCAACCACACGCUCUCGGCCUCCAUCCUCUCCAUGGUUCUGCCCAUCCUGUCUUUCCUGUGGGCCAUGCUUUCUGUCCCCAGGCCCUCCAAACGAUUCUGGAUGGCAGCAAUCUAUUACACAGAGGCUACUGUUGUGGUCAAAUACUUUUCGCAGUUUGGACUCUUCCCGUGGACCACAAAGCGCUACGCUGGCAUCAACAGGGAAAAGCCGUUUUCUCUGCCCAACAUCCUCGGGGUUGAGAAGCGAGACGGCUCUGUGUUGGGCGACCUCGUGCAGCUGCUGGCCCUGUUUUUCCAUCGCAAUACCCUGCAGGGCUUGGGGCUGUGGGACCAGCCACCAUGUGACCAGGCUCAUUGCAAAGGGGAGAGAAAGAGCAGGAGGCAGAGAAGAAAUGCCAGUGGAGGGUCUCCAGGCGCAGCUUCUGGAGGAAAAGCUGAAGGGGAAGGCCUGUGUCUCUGUGUCUUGCCAGGGGGUCCCCAAGACCCAGGAUCCAGGAAGACAUGGAGCCUCCUUAGGAAGCAGUCACUCAGACAAAAGCAACUCAACAGAAGCUUAUUGGAGACACUGGAGGAAACCGGGAAGCUGGGUGUUAGGAGGUCCCUCCGGAUCUAUCACUCCAUCCGCCGGUUCUUCUCCAACCUCCGCCAGCCCCCGGCCAGCCCUGUGCGCGACGUGUACACCCUGGCUUUCCUGGUGGAGGUGCUCAACUUGGUCAUCGUCCUUUUUGGCUACUGGGCCUUUGGGAAACACUCGGCCUCCGACCUGGCGGAGUCGCUGUCGGAGGAGACGGUGCCCGGGGCCUUCCUGGUGAUGGUGCUUGUCCAGUUCGGCAUGAUGCUCGUGGACCGCGCGCUGUACCUGAGGAAGGCCGUGCUGGGCAAGUGCGCCUUCCAGAUCCUCCUUGUCCUCGGCACUCACCUCUGGCUCUUCUUCAUCCUGCCCGGCAUCACCAUGAGGCGGUUUAACCUCAACCACGUGGCUCAGACCUGGUACCUGGUGAAGUGCAUUUACUUUGGCCUGUCCGCCUACCAGAUCAGGCAUGGCUACCCAAACUGGAUCCUCGGCAACUGCCUGACCAAAAACUUCAGUCUCGUCAACCUCAUCUUGUUCAAAGGGUUCCGCGUAGUACCUUUCCUCCUAGAGCUAAGGGCUGUCAUAGACUGGAUGUGGACUAACACUUCCCUCAGCCUGUCCAAUUGGACUUGCCUGGAGGACCUGUACGCCAACAUCUUCAUCAUGAAAUGCCACCAGGAGUCUGAGAAGAAAUACCCCCAGCCUCCUGGGCGGCCGCAGAAGAGGGCCAUGAAGUAUGGGCUCGGAGGCAUCGCCACAUUUGCUUUGGUCUUCCUCAUGUGGUUCCCCCUGGUUUUCAUGUCCCUAGUGAAGACGGUGGGCGGCGUGACCAACCAGCCCCUGCAAGUGUCAGUCAAGAUCGCCAUCAACGGUUAUGAGACCCUGUUCUCCAUGAGCGCUCAGCAGCACAACCUGGUCCCUUUCUCAGACGCAGACUACGACCGGCUGACCCAGCAAUAUGCUCUCCAUCCCUCUGCCAUGCAGUUUUUAGCGGACUACAGACCCGAGGACAUCGUUCUUGCCAAGAUCAAAAGUCAUGCCAGCCUGCUGUGGGGCGUCAGCCCCACCGACCGAUCAGCCAUGGUCCAGGAGCUUGCCAACACCACUGCCAUCUGCAUCACCACCUCCUGGGCUGUUCAGAGGAAUGUGUCUCUGGUCAAGAAUGUGGAAGCAUCCGGCAAACACAUGGUGUGUUACAGAGACGCGGAGAUACGGGACCAACUGGUAUACACACUCAGCCUCGUCCGGAAAGAGCCUGUAAUGCUCCCUGGCCUUAUUCCCAAAGCCCUGAGGACCACAGAGGGGACUGAAGUGAAAAUGGCCCACCAGUUAGAAGUUGCCCACCCCCACAGGCCACGGGACGUGGACCGCCUGGCCUUCUUCCGCAACGCCACCAUCCAGCUGCAGCAGCUGAGGCCGGUGGAGGCCCCCGUGGCCAGCCCAGCAGCUGAGUGGUGGAUGGUCCAGGAGUGGCGGCCAGGCUGUGAGCAGAGCCGGGGCUGCAGUCAGGACCUGGAGCUCGUCAUCUUUAAUGACAAAGUCAGCCCCCAGAGCCUGGGCUUCCUAGCAGGAUAUGGCAUUGUCGGGCUCUAUGUGUCGGUGGUGAUGGUUGCAGCCAAGUUCAUCCGAGACCACUUCCUCGGCAUUGCCCGCUCCAUCAUGCAUGACCAGCUACCUGAUGUGGACCGCGUGCUAGGGCUCUGCACAGACAUCUUCCUGGUCCGUGAGCUGGGUGAGCUGCAGCUGGAGCAGGAGCUGUUCGCCAGACUCACCUUCCUAUACCGCUCGCCUGAGACCAUGAUCAAGUGGACGCGCCAGCGCCCACCCACUCCCUGCCUGCCCCCCACCAACCCUGUUGCUGCGGCUCCCGUGGAGCGGCUGGAAGCAGCCGUCGUGUCCUCAAGCCCUUUGGCCUCAGAGAAGUAG